CAGACCAGAAUCAGGUCAUACACUGCUCAGUGUACCUAUUCGGCAGUGCACAUGCGCGGGUCAGGGUUCACAGCUUCUCUACACAGCCGUGGAAGGAGUGUGGCGGCUAAGCUAACUGCUACCAGCGCAGCUAGCUACAUGUGGAGGGUAACACGGGAGGCAUCCCCGACCCUAACUCUGUCAAAAUCCCCACUUUUUACCCAGAACAACUCCAAAGUUCAGCCUCAUCGAAAAAAAGGGAUAAUAUCUUUUUAAAAUGAAAGGCCGGAUCGAGCUGGGGGACGUUACGCCCCACAACAUUAAACAGCUGAAGCGCCUGAACCAGGUCAUCUUCCCCGUCAGCUACAAUGACAAGUUUUACAAAGAUGUACUGGAAGUCGGAGAGCUCGCAAAGCUAGCAUACUUCAAUGACAUUGCAGUCGGGGCCGUGUGCUGCAGAGUUGACCACUCCCAGAACCAGAAGAGACUGUACAUCAUGACACUCGGCUGUCUAGCACCCUACCGUAGACUUGGAAUUGGCACGAAGAUGCUAAAUCAUGUGCUUAACAUCUGUGAGAAGGAUGGCACUUUUGACAACAUUUACCUUCACGUGCAGAUCAGCAACGAAUCGGCCAUUGACUUUUACCAGAAGUUCGGCUUUGAGAUCAUUGAAACGAAAAAGAAUUACUACAAGAGGAUAGAGCCCGCAGACGCCCAUGUGUUGCAGAAGAGCCUGCGCAGUCCGUGCGCGCCCCCCAGCGGCGAGCUCCAGAAGUCCGAGUAGGGGCGCAGCGUUUGGAAAGAGCGCCGAAGCGCUCGCCUCCACAGAAACAGAACUGUGACAAAUGCCCCCCCCCCAACAGGGUCGACCCUUCAACACUCUGUUCAAAGGACGCUAAAAAAGAGAAAACUAAUUUCAAGUAUAAAAAAACGGCUGCAUUCUUUUUGCAAAGGCAUUCCCUUUUGCAUCUUCUGUUGCUCCCUGUUCCUCAUUCAGUUUAUUGAAAAUUAGAAGAAAGAGAAAAAAAAAAAGGUUUGACUUCCAAAAGUGCUCCUAUCGACAAAGUUGCCAACUUCAGACAGUUUGAGACAUGGUGGAGGGGGAGACUGGUGUUUUUCAAAUCACACUGUUUGUUUGAAUGUUUUUUUUUUUUUUUCGUUGGUUUGUUUUUCCUUCUUUUUUUGCAGUUUAUAAAACAAAUAGGAGCACACCUAUUCUAUUGAUCAAAGGAAAACAGUUGGUUUGAAGUGGUUAAAGUGUUGGAAAAAGCCCUCACUGACACACACACGGUCCCAGCUGGUCAGUUUGGAGUCUUGCUUGGAGUUAUGUGACACAGACACAACUCUGUUUCCUCACGUCCUGAAUCCUGGGAUUAUUGGAAACCAGGCUGACCGGUAUGCCGAUUACGCCUUGAGGGGAAAUGCAGAAAUGUGUCCCUUCAGUGCAGGCAUGAGGAAAAGAGAACGGUUUUGAGGUGGUGGCAAGAUGCAUUCACCUCAUAAUUUCUGAAUAACUUAAUUUUCCAGCCUGUUAAUUUAAUUUCCCCUCAACUGUUCUGUUAUUAUUUUUUUUUUUAUAUUGAAAUGGCAAAUGGUUCAGAGGUUCUCCUGGGUUUACCAUGAAGAGUGAGACUUUAAAGGAAUUGGGGAACUAAACGAUGUAUCACUGUAAUGAAUGUUUCCGCGUAGGACGCUCUCGCAGUCAUUGUGAGAGAUGUCAAUAAUGGCAGAUUUGGCUUGUUUGGAAUUGGAUUUGGGCAUUAUAUUCAAUCAUUUAUUAAAGAUGUGUGGGGAUAUGUGUCUCAAAACACGUGUUUUGAGACACAGCACCUCAGACAUCUCUGGCACCUGAUGUAGCCAUCUUGCAAAAACGGUCUUCUUAAACGUCCUCACCUCAGGUGAGCUUCUGUUGUUACACCUUUAUUGGACUUUAAAGCUCAUCUGGUGGUUUGGAAGUUUCAGAUUGAUCUCUUUUACAAUGUAUUACCCAGAUGAAGCUCUGAUCCCUCUGCAUGCAAGGAGAGUUGUGUCCUCUCCAUUGUAGAAUACGCAUGUUUUCCUUUCUUUGAAGAAUUUAUCUUUUCAUGAGCUCUAUAUUGUAAGACUUUUUGACGUCUAAAUAAAGGAAUUACUAUUUGCAGUAAA